AUGCUCCGACCUGCCAGAUCAAUCAUCGCGUCUUGUCGGCCAUUGCUGUCGGUGCAGGCCGCUCCCCGUCCCUUCAGCCGAUUCGCGUCAACCGCCGCUGCUGUCGAGGAGAACACAGAGGUAGAAGCCGAUGCAACCCAGAACACUCAGACUCCGAAAGAACAAAUCCAAGCAAUCAUAGACAGCAUGGAAGGAGGUGUCCCCCCUUCACGGCAAAAGUACGAAGCGAUCUUGUCUAUCUGCCGGUCUGCAGGUCGUCCCCAAUAUAUAUCCGUUAAGCAGCUUUUCAGCAAGCUCUGGUAUGCACAGUUACCCUUCGGUCACAAGACGUUCGAUAUGUUCGUCAGUGAAUGUUCAAAGAAUGGUCGUGCCGACGUCAUCAUGGCUAUGGCAUUGCAACCUCAUGUAUUCGGUCUUUUUCACAAAUUUGACGAAGGAUCAGCAGUGGAAUUGCUGCAAGGUCUCAAACUGCGCUUGGCUUUAACAAGAUCUGACACGGCUAGAUCGAAUAUAGUAGGCGAUGUCAUUAAGCUCAUCGCUUCCUUGCCUGAUCUUUCUCGGCCUGCGCACUCGAAAGACAUCCAGACGAAUCCAUUUGUCUUGGGUGCUGCCGUCAAUGUGCUAGCCACGGCCGCUGAACUUUCCACCGAAAAAGAUGCCAUCUUGGACAAGCUGCGCAUUCUGCUUAACGAGCUCGAGUCUGUAUGGGGUUCAGAAAACUGGGUUGACGAGACAAAGAGUGCGCGUCGUCGUGCGUACGCAUACGCUGCGGAAGGUUUGCGAAAGGCUGACGCCGUUUUGGGAGGUGCGCCAGAGGCUGUCAAGAUUGCUCAGGAAUUGGAGGCGGCAGCAGGUGAGGUGAAGGCUGUCGAAACAUAUAAGGCGGCAUUUGAUAAGUUGAGGUUGGAAGAUCUGGAGUCCGACGCUCCGGCUGCGGAGGAUGCACAGUAA